UCACUCUGUCAUUGUCAUGUCAUGUCACCCAACUGUCAUAGAAGUCCAUUGUAAGGAUUCACGUGCAUUUUUCCGCUUUUUACUUGAAUAUUUAUGAAAUAAUGCACUAAAAUGGACGCUUACGAUAUAUUUAAGAAACUUACCAAAGGGCUGAAGUUCACGAAACCUGCAAUUGGCUCACAAAAGCAACAAAAACCAGCCAGUGCGACCAUAAAAAAGGAAGAAGUUAUAAUAAAAAAAGAAGAUAUUAGUGAAGAUGAAGAGUCCCAAAACUUAAGUGACAAUGAUAUUGCAUCAAACCCAGAGAGUGGUUCUGAGGCUGAAGGCGCCGAAAGUGAAGUAGACGCCGAUAUACUGCUAGUUGAUGGAGUCAAGAUCGGCAAGAAAGAUAGACAAAAGAAAAAAAAGGAGAAAACUGAAGAUUUGAAGAAGAAACUUGAAAUUGAAGAGCAAAACCGUUUCCGCAAUGAAUAUGGCAUCAAGGCAGUCGGCCGGCACAUCCCGGCCGCAUUAGCAGACUUCUCUGAGCUGACUGACAGGUACCAUGUGUCGGACUCGCUGGUGGCCACGGUGCGGCAGUGCGGGUACAGCGAGCCUACGCCUGUGCAGAGACAAACACUGCCUUGUAUGUUGGAGGACCGACAGUUGCUUGCCUGUGCACCCACUGGCUCUGGAAAAACAGCUGCAUUCCUCGUGCCCAUAUUGCACGCGCUGGGCGCUCCACAGGGCGGUCCGCGAGCCCUGAUCCUCUGCCCGACGCGCGAGCUGGCAGUUCAGAUCUACUCGGAAGCGCUGAGACUCAGCGCCGGCGCCGCGCUGCGGGUGAGCGUGGUGAGGAAGAUGCAGGAGACCAAGGUCAAGGAGAGGGAGGCUACCAUCAGGAAGAGCGAUAUUGUGAUAAGCACACCGAACAGACUGUGUUAUUUGCUGAACCAAGACAACGUUAACAUUAAACUGGAUAAGGUCCGUUGGCUGGUGAUCGACGAGGCGGAUAAGCUGUUUGAAGGCUCUACGGAACAGGAGUCCGACUUCAGGCAGCAGAUUGAACAGAUCCUGUCAGCGUGCAGCGGGCGCGACCGGCGCGUGGCCAUGUUCAGCGCGACGCACACGCCCGCCGUCGCCAAGUGGGCGCGACACAAUUUGAGAGGACUCAUCAACGUCACUGUUGGACAAAGAAACGCAGCCACGUCCCUGGUAGAGCAGCAGCUGCUAUACUGCGGUAACGAGAGCGGCAAGCUCAUCGCGUUCCGACAACUCAUACAACAGGGUCUCACCCCGCCCGUGCUAGUGUUCGUGCAGAGCAAGGACAGAGCUAAACAACUGUUUAAAGAGCUGAUCUAUGACGGGAUCAAUGUCGAUGUUAUACAUGCUGAUCGAACGCAGUUGCAGCGCGACAACGUGGUCCGUUCGUUCCGAGUGGGUCGCGUGUGGGUGCUGAUCUGCACGGAGCUCAUGGGCCGCGGGAUCGACUUCCGAGGGGUCAGUCUGGUGGUCAACUAUGACUUCCCGCCCUCCGCCAUCGCUUAUAUACACAGGGUGGGCCGAGCAGGGCGGGCAGGACAGAAGGGGAAGGCGAUCACAUUCUUCACGCAAGAUGAUGUCAACAAUCUAAGAAGUAUAGCGGCGGUGAUCAAGCAGUCAGGCUGCGAGGUCCCCGAGUACAUGCUGAAGCUGAAGCAGAACCACAACCGGCGGAAGAAGCUCAUGACGAAGGCUCCACGGCGGGACGACAUCUCUACUAUAUUGCCUAGCAAACGGAAACUUGAAGAAGCGAAAGAGACAAAAGAUGGAGAGAAGCCGACUGACACAGAGGGCGUUAGUGAUGCUAAAAGCAACAAACACAGAAAAGUGGAAAAUGGACAGAAAUUCGGCAAAAGACAUAACAAUAACCAGCCGGAAAACAAGAAAAAACCUUUCAAACAAAAUAACAAGGGAGAAAAGGGUAAAAAACCGUUUAAAGAUAAUAAAAACUUCAAACCGAAGAAUAAUAAGGAAAAUAAAAUUAACAAAGAAAAAGGAACUAAGAAACAGAAAAACACGAAUAAAAACAAGAAGCCGUUUGUCAGUAAGAAAGUGAAGAAUGUAGGAAGAUAACCUGUAAGUUAUUUACAUAAUACAUUAUUGUAAGUAUA